GUCACUUAGCUAAUUGUUUUGCUUUUAAGAACUGCUGUCAUGUUUGCUGCUGUCAUGUUUGCUGUUAGCUGUCAUGUUUCCUUUUAAGAACGUCACUUAUCUAAUCGCUUUUCUUUUAAGAACUGCUGUCAUGUUUGCUGCUGUCAUGUUUGCUGCUAGCUGUCAUGUUUCCUUUUAAGAACGUCACUUAUCUAAUUGCUUUUCUUUUAAGUACUGCUGUCAUGUCUAUUUUAAUACCAGGACAACUCACGGCGUAUAGCCUCUAGCUACACCACAACUAUCGCAACUGGCAUUUUGGAAAAUAUUUUGGUGACUUCCUACUGGUUGUUCUUACACCACCAACAAUUUCAAUGCCACACUUGCACACAACGUAUUGUGCAUACUUCCUCAUAUAGCUGGACAUCCUAUGCACUAUUUCCUGAGCCAACCACAUGCAAGGGCAAGUGAGAUCGGCAACAACUUUUGCUGUGGGUGGAUCACUGUACUACAUGUAAUUGCUCAAUUCACUAGCCGAUUUCUGCGAAUUGUUUUUUUGGCGUAUUCAUAGUUGUAGGAGGAAUAUGGAAGUUUCUCAUUAAGAACUUGCCGCCUGUGCUGUGCCGUCACGUUGUAUAAUCCAACCUGAACCUGCUGUAAUCAGUGAGAUUGGUGAAGAGUGAUUGUACCAGACAUCGGCAACAAGUGACUGUGGGCAAGUACAUGCAGGCAGGUUGCGUGGCCACUAUGGUGUAUCCUUUCUCUACGGCAGAUCUUAUCAAUGUGUGAUAAAUCAACAGCUGACUCAUGCUAAAAGGAGUGAUCAUCAUGAUGAAUGAUUCACUGGACGAAAAGAAACUGGCAAACCAUCCCUAGCGAAUAAAAAAGAGGAUACUAACACUGGACUAAACCGUGUUGCAACACUUCGAGCGAUAUCACAAUGGAUGGCAACACGUGUGGCACUGAGCUGAACGCAACCAGCCCUGGCAAUUUCACUACAGAGGUAUUAACUCAUGAUUUCUGGAUGGACCUUGCCAGUGUCUGCAUAUGGACUCUGACAACCUUACUCAUCCUAUUUCUCAACUCCAUGUGUCUGAUCCUGCUGCACAAAGUGAAGGGUUUCAGUAAGGCCACUAUCGUCUUCUUGAAGUCCAUGACUAUCGGCGAUCUGAUCCUGGGACUGUGUUUCUACAUGCCGACGGUUGGAGUGUUCCUCAAUGGUAGGAUGUGGCCGUUUGGAGGCGUCUGUUGCUACAUCCAGGCCUGGGUGAUUAGGACGGCGCUACCCAUGAGCGGCGUGUCGGUGUUGCUAGUCACCAUUGACCGAUACAUUGCCAUUGUGCAUCCUAUGCAGUACGAGGUAUGGAUGUCGGUCAGAAGGGCCCGAAUCAUCGCCUGCGGUGUCUGGAUCGUAGCAAACCUCUACGGACUUCUCACCUCCAUCUUGGAACACUGGACGCAGUGUUUCAGUUCCUACUACCUCAUCUGCACCAUUGGGAAGUUCAACAACGGCAAAGCGGUGGUGACACUGACCGUGAUGGGGGUGGGGGCGUUCCUAGUCAUCGCCGUCAUGUAUGUUAAGAUUCUGGUGAUCGCGCAGCGGCACGCGGCCCACAUGGCUAAACACCGUCCCAGCGUUACCAGCAUGGCCAGCGCAAAUGAGCUACCAUCGCCAGGCUCUCCCAACAGAAAGUCCUUCACGACUGUCUUCAUCAUAACGACGACCCUCGUCAUCGGGUGGUUACCGUCGGUCAUCUUGGGCUUUUCCAAUGUGGAGAAACCGUCAGUGCCGUUCAUCAUCGCCACGCAGAUACCACUGGCGUCGGUCAGCUGGCUAAACGUGAUCGUGUAUUACAUACGCAAUCAAGCCUUCCAGGAAGCGGCCUGGGAACUCUACUUGCAAGUACUGCAGUACUGCAAAGGAUGCUGCAAAAAGUAACUUAAAUGAACCUGGGCGUCUUCUGCAGUGAGAUGGUUCUGUAACGCUAACGUGUGAAGAAAACAAAUGAAAUAUGAAGAACUUUACUUCAGUACUGUAAAUGAUGCUAUCC